AUGGGGCAAAUCCAGCACCAGCACCAUGACAUGGCUACGUAUAUCCAGUCGCUUCGCCAAUCCAUAUCCACGAUAGUCCUAUAUGCCAAGGACAACCUAACUCGGGACACAUGGAUGCAGCAUCGCCUCCAGAUCGUGCUAUCUUCUCUUGACGAUGCGCUAAGCCGACUCGAUGAGAGUCUAUCUCGCGCUCACCAACAGGAACUGGCCAAGACUACUCAUCCCAGCGGUGAUAGAUGUAGACUUGAGGUUCCCUCCCCAAUCUUGCAGAGCUGCGAGGCUACUAUCAACCUUCUCGCAGCCGACAUGGGCACCGCACUUGCAAGCAACGAUGCGGCUCUCAUGAUUAAGCUGGAAUGGGUCUGCGCUGCCAUUUCUUUCUGCAUAAACACGGCCACCUCACCUCAAAAUGUGCUGCUGCGCCUGUCCUUCUUUCGCCCAGACCCCCCGCUUGAUUUCAGACUCCAGACUCAGGACCUUGUCGUCAAGCGAAACUCACGAAGCUUUGUUGAUUUGAGGCAGAGACAAGGCGAUGCGCCCGUAUCUGUAGACGACGUUUCUCUAUGGUUGUCCCCAUUUCUGAGCCUCAAAUGUUACGAGCCAGGGGAAUAUUACCACGAAAGGGUAGUAGCCGAGCUCAUGGAGAAAACAUGUCAGGGACUCCCCCAUGCCGCCACAGAAUGGCCUCUCUAUGCUGAGCAAUUCUGGCCCGCUGUCGAGGACAAUGUUCUCUCGCUGUUUGCACCAAGCACAAUUUCCCCAAAUUUUGGUUUCAUAAAUUGGAUUUUGCAUUUCGCCCGAGAAGUGUGGCCUGACGAGUUUGGCUGGCAUACACCUUCCAAGUAUCCUAUGAUUGACCUGACCGACGCUCUGUGCACGGGGAAGAUUGGUCCCUUACACAUUGCUGCAGCCUUCGCAUUGCCCAGCUUAUGCGGUCGACUAAUAUCCUCGGGUGCCGAUGUCAAUGAGAUAGGCGCCCUCGGGACGCCCCUGUGGUGCGCCUUGGUUGGGCCCGAUAUUCUCGUCAACCGCAUGGCCGGCAGGGCUUGGAACCCCUCCUCUGGUCGUCACUUUGCUAGCCACAACCGUUCGCCCGCCAUCAAGAGGCUCUUGGAUGCUAGUGCUGAUUGCAGCAAUGGGAAUGGGUUAAAAGAUACGGACGACGAGAGUCUUUCGGUGUCUGGCAUGGCAUUCUGGGUUUCGCUCAAGACCGGAGACGAUUCGGUCCUGCAACGCAUCAUUCAGUCCGGACCUGUUUUCAACCAGGCCCUCACCAAACUUAUCGAAGAUCUGAACCUAAAUGAAGAAGAAACCCAUAUGAGAGAUCUCGUAUCACGACUGCUGACCAUGCUCUUUGAUCACUGCGUCCUCGCUGAGUCAGACAUGGGCACUGAAGGCUUGGGUGCGGCUCUCAGCGAGGCCAUGUCUCGCCUCCAACUCAACCUCAACCCCGUACCAGCCGAUGGGAAGCUAGGUAUCCCGGACGAAGCACUUAACCACCUAGCCGUUGCUGCCAUCGUCGGUGAUGACGCGUGGUCUCUCCGCCGCUGUGUGUUGGAUCCUCGGUUCCAUCCAGGUCUGCCAACCAACAAAUUUCAACGCCGCAACACACUUCUGCACAUCGCCGUUGCGGAUGACUUCUUUGAAGCUGUAGACAUUCUGGCCGAGGCGGGGGCCGAUCUGGGAGCUUUAGACGAAGAUGGCAAAACUCCUCUCAUGGUCGUUGAGAGUGUUGCCAUGAUGGAGAAGCUUGUUCUAGAACAUGGUGCUUCUACUACAGAGUCUGACCGUGACGGUCGGACCAUUUGGCACCUGGUCGCAGCAACCAACGAGCCUGAACUUCUCGAAUGGCUGUGUCUUUUUGACCCGUCCAAAGACAUCAAUAUGAAUAAGGAAACACUUGCUGGGCGUACCCCGCUCGUUGAAGCGUUGCUCAGCACCGACUUCCUGUCCGAAAAACCUUUCAUCAAGACUGACACCGAGCCUAAAGCCGCCAAGAUGCUUACCAAGCACUUCGGGAACAGACUAUCACUUUGGUGUGUCGAAAGACCUCUCACUCACUUGGUCGUACCUUGGGGAGAUAUCAACUUGCUUCGCAGUCUGCGUGACCUCGGCGCUGACUUUUCUGAGCUGGAUGACAAUGGAUGGACUCCGCUCCAUUGGAUAAACAUGUCUGCUACUCUGGAGUUCACCGAGCUGCUCAUUGAGCUCUGUCAUGGUGUCCCGUACAUGUCAUAUUCCGGCCUCACUGCUGCCGAGACCAUAUUCCAGAAUACGGUUCUGCUGAGCUCGAUAGAGUAUGGCGGACCUGAGCGAUCCUCGCACCCAUCAUGCAGGCGCGAGCUGUCUAUGAGCGUGUACACCAGACUCCUUGACCCCGAGAUGCUCCGGCAGUGCGAUGACCGGGGUAAAAGCUUCUGGCCCCGUUUCUGCAGGAACGUUUUAUCGAAGAGCAUUGAGGUAUCUGAGAAGGAGCAUAGAAUGGUCCAGCCGUCAAUUGAAGCAGCGUUACAGUGUGUUUUGAGCAAGGGCAUCCUGGAAAACUACGAAAAGAAGACUGGCCAGCCAGGUAUCAUGUGUCUGGAAGGGUUAGGCACGGAAAAAGUAGCUGAUAAGGCCAAGCCUCAACUCGAAACUGAAACAAUCGAUAGAUUUUGGCACUUGGGGCGCCUUCGUCGAAUCAUCCUCAAGAUAUUGCGAAACACUUCCAAUUCCAUGAAACGAUUGUUUUGGAGCACGGCAGCAUGCCAGAGGUUGCUGGUUGAGUGCUGCGUGGAUGAAGAUUUCCCAAUCUUGAGGCUUGUCUGCUCCAAGGGAGGCGAGCUUGAUAUGGACGAGCGCCGUUACUCUGGUCUCACAGUUCUCGAGGCAGCGAUGAUGCACUAUGCAGAGCGUCCUCAGGAGCCUCUCAAAUCUCUCCUCGUAAACACGUCUGUGGAUCAGCUCAAUCGCCACCAAAUGGUUAUCUUGCGGGCUAUUUUUAAAGUCCAUCAAAACCGAAAGGAAAUUGACGUCGAGGGUCUGCUUCAUUUUUUCAUUGACCGAGGCAUGCGCGUCAAUCCUGCACGAGAUGAUGGAGAGUCACUGCUGGCCGAAGCCUUAAGAUGUUCCCAGUACAAUGCCGCGCUCAUGUUGGUCCGUCGUGGUGCUAGGCUGGAGCCUGGUCGCCACGGGUUCAACGCCUUGAUGGCCGCAGUGGAGGCAGACGACUUGAGGGCUCUCGAGUUUCUUGUCGAUUCGUUUGGCCAACUGGGGAGAGAUGAAGUUGAUUGGGGUUCGCUCUACCUGCGCCCUGGCCUCCCCCCGCGAAAUGCGCUGCACGUGGCAGCAGAGUGUGCGAGCCAGGAGUUCCUGAGCGAGGCGUUCGCCGGCCUUCCCCUGCUGAAGGAGCACAUCAACUUCAUCACAGAAGAGGGUGGACCAAUCCAUGUGGCUAUCAAUCGGGGGAAUGUUGACGUGGCUGAGAUGCUGGUGGAACAUGGAGCCGAUCUGACGCUGCGUGAUACCAACGAGCUGCAAGGCUACACUCCUCUGCAUCUUGCUUGCAGGCAUACUAACCGUGAACUCCUCCUACUGUGCAUGAAAAAAGCGCCCGAGACUCUCCGGUUCAAGGAUAAUCAAGGCAAAACGCCGGUGACCCUGGCGACUGAGCUCGGCAACGACGUUGCACUGUCUUUGUUUAGGACUUAUGACGGGAUAUAA